CUGCGAGCUGAUGACCCGGUUUGUAAACACAAACCUAUCAACUACCCGGAUAGCCGGGAGCUAGCUUACAAACGCAUUUUUUUUUAAUUUAACCUUUUAACAUCUUAUUUUUGCUGUUUUGUCAACAUUCAUCUGUUAAUUAUGAAUGGUUGUCAUGGGAAUUCGUAGGAGUUAAAAUAUGCUGGGUUAGCUCACUCGAAUUCCCAGUUGGGAUCAGUAAAUUAGCUUUCCCUGCCAGUCAUGGCUUCCUAGGAAUACAAAAGGGUUAAAAGAAACCUGAAGUUUUACUUUUUUAUUUAUUUAUUUUUUACAUCUGUUUCCCCGGAGGCCAUCUGUGGCAGGAUGAUCUCUCAGGUCUUCAUCUUGUCCUCGAAGGGGGACCAUCUCAUUUAUAAAGACUUCCGUGGACAAGCUGGUAACGACAUUGUCAGUAUUUUCUACGAGAAGGUCACGGCGCUGACCGAGGACCAGCCUCCGGUCGUCAUGAAUCAUAAGGAUCUUUACUUCCUCCACAUCAGGCAGGGAGGACUGUACUGGGUCGCCACGACCACGGUGGGCUCCUCGCCAUUCGCCAUCAUCGAGUUUCUCAACAGGUUAGCAGCUCUGGUUAAAGAUUACUGCGGCAGCCUAUCAGAGAAGUCGGUGCAGAUGAACUUCGCCCUCAUCUACGAGCUGCUGGACGAGAUCGUGGACUACGGUUACAUCCAGACGAUGUCCUCUGACGUCCUGAAAAACUUCAUCCAGACCGAAGCUGUCACCUCCAGGCCGUUCAGCCUGUUUGACCUCAGCAACGUCGGCCUGUUUGGAGCAGAAACGCAGCAGAGCAAAGUGGCUCCAAGCUCUGCAGCCACCAGGCCAAUCCAGUCCAGCAGAGAGCAGGGAGGGAAGAGCGAGAUAUUUGUGGACGUGAUUGAGAGGAUGACGGUCGUCAUCGGCUCCAACGGAGUUCUGAUGAAGGCAGAUGUGGAGGGCGAGAUCAGAGUGAAGUGCUACAUGCCGAGCUGCUCAGAGAUGCGAAUCGGACUGAACGAAGAGUUCAGCAUCGGCAAGUCGCAGCUCAGAGGUUAUGGAGCCGCUGUUCGGGUCGACGAGUGCAGCUUCCACCAGGCGGUGCGGCUGGACGAGUUUGACAGCCAUCGGAUCCUCCGACUGUGUCCCAGCCAGGGAGAGCAAACUGUAAUGCAAUACCAGCUCAGCGACGACCUGCCGUCUGCGCUUCCUUUCCGACUCUUCCCAACCAUCGAGAGAGACAACGGAGGAAGGCUGCUGAUGUACAUGAAGCUUCGCUGCGAUCUGCCACCAAAGAGCGCUGCCAUCAACGUGUGUGCCACCAUCCCCGUCCCCAAAGGCUCUGUGAGUUUGUCGCAGGAGCUGAGCAGCCCGGAUCAGAGCGCCGAGCUGAAGCCGCAGAGCAGAGCCGUCGUCUGGCAGAUCGCUCGCUUCGCCGGAGGGACGCAGCUCUCGGCGCUGUUUAAGCUGGAGGUCCCCAGCCUCAGCUCGGCCUCCAUGUUGGAGGUCGGUCCGGUCGGCCUGAGCUUUGAGCUGCCGAAGAUCACUGCCACAGGGCUGCAGAUCCGCUUCCUGCGCCUGUCGCCCGUCCAGCCCGGCCCGUCGCAGCGCUGGGUCCGAUAUGUCACCCACUCGGACUCCUACACGAUCCGGAUCUGA